ACACCGCGUAAACACCGAAUUUAUGGCGGGACAGAGAAUAGAGACUGCGGUUGAAGUCUGGUGCUUCGGAACCUGAGUGGAGGAACCUGCCUUUUUGUCAGCCAAGAUGGCUUCCAAAAGGAGAAUUUUGAGCUUUAGUGAAAGGCAUCAAAAGUUAGUAGAUCAAAACUACAGCAAAAAAUUGCACAUGGAAGCACUAAAAAAGGUGGAGAGUCAAGUCAGGAACCAAAUUGUGCAGAAUAAAAAUGAUGAACGUGUUGAGCACAAGAGAUUCCUCAGAUUGUUACAGGACGAGCAGUUUGAGUUGGAUAUGGAAGAAGCCAUCCAAAAAGCAGAAGAAAACAAGAGAUUACGGGAACGCCAACUUGAACAGGAAGAAAAAUUGGCUGUGGAACUGGCAAAACUAAAGCAUGAAAAGCUAAAGGAUGAAAAGAUGAGGCAGCAAGUGAGAGAAAACAGUAUUGAGCUCAGAGAAUUAGAGAAGAAAUUAAGAGUCGCUUACAUGAAUAAAGAGAGGGCAGCCCAGAUCGCUGAAAAGGAUGCCAUUAAAUAUGAGCAAAUGAGACGCGAUGCUGAAAUAGCCAAAACCAUGAUGGAAGAGCAUGAGAGAGUGAUAAAGGAAGAGAACGCGCUAGAGGACAAGCGAAACAAAGAGAAGGCACAAUACUACCUUGACUUAGAGAAACAACUUGAAGAGCAAGAGAAAAGAAAGCAGGAAGCUUAUGAGCAGUUGCUGAAAGAAAAACUCAUGAUUGAUGAAAUUGUGAGGAAAAUAUAUGAAGAAGACCAACUAGAAAGGCAACAAAAGUUAGAAAAAAUGAACGCAACCCGGAAGUACAUUGAAGAGUUUCAGAAAGAGCAGGCUCUGUGGAGAAAAAAGAAACGUGAGGAGAUGGAAGAGGAAAACAGGAAAAUCAUAGAGUUUGCCAGUAUGCAGCAGCAAAGAGAGGAAGAAAGGAUGGCAAAAGUUCAAGAAGUUGAGGGAAAAAGGCUGCAGCUUCAAAAUGAGCUGAUCCAGAAACUGGAAGAAAUUCUGCGACAGCGUGAAGAUUUGGAACAAGUGCGACAAGAAUUAUAUCAGGAAGAAGCAGCUGAAGUCUAUAAGAGGAAAAUAAAAGAAGAAGCAGAAGACAAAUUAAGAAAGCAAAAAGAAAUGAAGCAAGAUUUUGAGGAACAAAUGGCCUUGAAAGAACUAGUACAACAGGCUGCAAAAGAAGAAGAGGAAAUAUUUAGAAAAACUAUGCUGGCUAAACUUGCUGAAGAUGAUCGGAUAGAAUUAAUGAAUGCUCAGAAACAAAGAAUGAAGCAAUUAGAACAUAGAAAGGCUGUGGAAAAACUUAUUGAAGAGCGUCGUAACCAGUUCCUUGCAGACAAGCAACGUGAACUUGAAGAAUGGCAAUUGCAGCAAAGAAGACAAGGGUGUAUCAAUGCCAUUAUUGAAGAGGAAAGGCUAAAACUUCUCAAAGAACAUGCUACAAAAUUACUAGGACAUCUCCCUAAAGGAGUAUUUAAAACAGAAGAUGAUGUUGAUAUGCUUGGUGAAGAGUUUAGGAAAGUGUAUGAGAAAAGGAGUGAAAUUUGUGAAAAGAAGUGAUGGCAAGAUUUGGUAAAACUUGUGUUCUUUUGUAUGUAACCACUAGGUGUCAGUGUUAACUUUGGUUUUACAGUUUAUUGAUGGUAGGGAUCCAUUGUCUUAUCCAA